AUGACCUCGGACCGUCUACCGGCUAUCGGAGGUCUCGCAAAGCAUAUGGCGGUCAGGCGAAAGUCGACCUACCUGGCAGGGAUAUGGGAAGAUUCCAUAAACGAUGACCUUAUUUGGAUCAUACGGACUACACUCAAAACCCCGAGACCAAGUCCCCGGACCGCACCGACAUGGUCUUGGGCUAGUGUUGACUCGAGCGUCGAUGUGUGGGACGCAGUGUUUGUCUGGGACCCCGACCUUGACUACGAAGAAGACUCCAGAGGCCUUUUUGAGCACUACAGCACCGUUCUGGACUGCCAGGUAGCUCCAUCAGGUGUGGACAAUUAUGGCGGCAUAGCCUACGGGCUCCUGAGAAUAUCCGGCCUCACAAUGGAGGGUGUACUUGAACGAGACACCGUGAUUCGUCACGGGAAGGAGACCGUGGUUCACUAUGUCGUUGUAUCGACCGGGCGGUUCCAUAUCCAUGCUGAUUACGUCUUGGAUAGCCCUGGUCCAGACCAAGUUCUUCCAGGCGCAGAUCUCCUCUGCCUCAGGAUGAGCUUCAUCCAAGAUGGACCGAGUGACAAUUUCAAGCUCAUUUCGCUGGUCCUGAGGGAAAGCAAGCAGCAACCUGCGACAUGA